CGACGAUUCAGUGAGGCACCCCUCUCCUGGCCUCUUCUCGCCUUCUCCGUUUCCGCGAACCCAGCUGCCUCGUAGCCCCACCACACCGCCGAGCACGCGGUCUCCCGCGCCGCCUUCCACCCAAGCGAAGCUACCCCUACUCGACCCAGAAUUAUCUUCUACCAGCGCUAGUCCGCUCCGCCUCUCUACUGGCUGCCGUGGAGUGGGGAUCCGUCCGGACUUCCUUCUUUCGCUGUUGAUGUCAUCAUGCUGAGCAUUUUGUGGUAGAGACGAUCAUCUCUUUGGGUUCCAGCAUAUAACUCAUGCCCAUAAAAUUUGCACUAGAAAAUAUGUCGACACAAGCCUCUAACCGGUCAUACAGAUAUCCAGACAGAACCCAACUGCCGUACCACAAUGGCAAUCCAAUGCAUGUUGGGGGCAAUGGUAAUUACUGUGUGCAACAAAAUCACGAUGAUGUUAACUACAUUUCCUCUGAUGAUGGAUCACAGAGCAGUAGUUCUAGAGUUCAAGAUUUUCAAGCACAGUUUUGCACCCUAGAUUCGUCUUCGGCCAAUUGUGUUUAUCCUGCACAUAGUUCUACCUCUUCUCAGAGCAUAAGUGGAAGCCCUCUGUCUCAGCAGGAGAGCCACUCUGAUCAUGCAUAUGGUUCCUCUCCAAGUGCAUCGUGCAUCACUCAGGUUCCCACCUGGACACUUAAGGAUCUAGAAAAUGUGAUGCUUGGACCCGAUUCUGACAUAGGUAGCCCUGACAGUUCCUUUCUGCUUGACACUGCCUUGCAUGGAAAUAACUGGAGAGAACUUUUGGGAAUUCAAACUGGGGAUUUGAGGCAGGUAAUUGUAGCAUGUGGUAAGGCUGUUGACGAGAAUGCUGUCUAUAUGGAUGCAUUGAUGUCUGAGUUAAGGGAGAUGGUUUCUGUCUCUGGUGAACCGAUGCAACGUCUGGGAGCUUACAUGUUGGAAGGCCUCAUUGCGAGGCUUUCUUUCACUGGACAUGCCUUGUAUAAAUCUCUGAAGUGCAAAGAGCCUGUGGCUACGAGUUCUGAGCUCUUGUCCUAUAUGCAUCUUCUUUAUGAGAUCUGUCCAUUCUUCAAGUUCGGUUACAUGUCUGCCAAUGGUGCCAUAGCUGAAGCGGUUAAGGGGGAAGACAUUAUUCACAUCAUCGAUUUUCAAAUCGCUCAGGGUAGUCAGUGGAUGACUAUGAUACAGGCCCUUGCUUCAAGGCCUGGGAGGCGACCAUACCUAAGGAUCACUGGCAUAGAUGACUCGAAUUCUGCUCAUGCCCGAGGUGGUGGACUGGAUAUGGUUGGACAGAGGUUGCACAGAAUGGCCCAGUCAUGUGGUCUGCCCUUCGAGUUCAAUGCUGUGCCAGCAGCUAGUCAUGAGGUUGUGUUUGAAGAUCUUUGUCUAAGAUCUGGGGAGGCCAUCGUUGUCAAUUUUGCUUAUCAGCUGCAUCAUACUCCUGAUGAGAGCGUGGGCAUAGAAAACCAUCGUGAUAGAAUACUGAGAAUGGUCAAGAGCCUCUCUCCUAAGGUGGUAACUCUUGUAGAGCAGGAGGCAAACACAAACACAGCACCUUUCUUUCUUAGAUACAUGGAGACUCUUGAUUAUUACACAGCGAUGUUUGAGGCAAUAGAUGUUGCUUGCCCCAGGGAUGAUAAGAAGCGCAUUAGCACAGAGCAACACUGUGUUGCAAGGGAUAUUGUCAAUUUAAUUGCUUGUGAAGGUGCGGAAAGGAUAGAGAGACAUGAGCCUUUUGGAAAGUGGAGGGCAAGACUUGUAAUGGCUGGUUUUAGACCAUACCCGUUAAGUCCAGUGGUGAACAGAACCAUCAAAACACUGCUUGACAGUUACCACAGCCAUUACAGGCUUGAGGAGAGAGAUGGCAUCCUUUAUCUUGGCUGGAAGAACAGAAAGCUGGUCGUAUCUUCUGCCUGGUGCUGAUAUUUCCAACUUCUUCUAAGAAGCAUUGUUAAGAUUCUUUCGUGGCUUGGGGUUCAGGCGUUCAGCACAUGAAUCCAAGGUGGAACCUAAACUUCAGUAUGAAGACUGCACAAUCAAAAAAACAAGCUGGUUGCUUCCUUACUAUUUGUUGCCCAGCCUUGAAACUCUCCCACGCUCACUAUCAUCGCUGAUGUACUUACCAUGACUCAGUUCCAUCCUUAUAUAUAGGUGCAAACAAUGGUCUUAAUAUUGUAUAUUGGUAGAAUCUGGUGGUAUUAGCUUCCAAAUCUGGAUUGCUGAAUCGUUUGUGUUACUACAUUUAGCCAGGAUUUGACAGUAGACACAAGGAGUGCUGUAAGAUCCUGUAUGUACAACGUGCUUCAGUUGGUGUAUUGUACGUACUUGGGUGCU